AUGGAGAAUUCCGUAUUAGAUGUACAAAAUGGUCAGUGUCUCCUAAAUGUAGUAGUAUCACUCUCCUACUUAUUCCUCUUUUCAACAUUCCCACUUAUCCUAACCCCUAACAUCCUACCUCCAAUUUCCAUCUCUUUACAUAUCCCCCCUCUCUAUUCUCAUCCCAACCUCUCAGUUAUUUGAGAGAUUCUUCGUUUGUUUGUUUCAUCCUCUCCGGAUUAGUCAACGUCUAAAUAAAUAUAUCCACAUCGCAAAAAAUAUCCCCCCAUCCAUCCACACGAGUAGCACUCACACAUCCCUCAUAUGCUGUUCAUAUGACAUGCUCGCCCUAUUUCUAUAGGCGCGUGCGCCAUUGAUUUUUACCUAGUUCUCUAGCUAAUAGUGUAUAGAAUUUUUCUCUUUCUUUUAGCUAUCCUCGCAUCUAACAGAAUAUUAAGACCCUCGCUAAAAAUUCGUUUAUUAGGCUGUCCUUCAAUUUUUCUUAGUUUUUGGCUUCAAAACACCCUUCAAACAGAAUAAAAAAUAUAUAAUUUAUUACGCUAGCUUUUAAGACUUCUACAUAGUAUGUAUUUAUUUAUUUAUUUAUUAGUUUAUAAUUGCGUUCCCCUUUUUGCUAUAGUAAUUGUUAGUUUCCGAAAGGUUUUUGCAAAAUUACUUUUAUCCUUUCCUAGAAAUCGAGUAGGUUAUUUAUUAUUUCUAUAGUUGGGAUAUGGUAAUUAGAGACAUGAUUAGGAGCAAAUAGAUCCGUAGGAGAGAAUUAUACCUCGGGAAAAAUAUCGAUAUCGACCUUUCUUUUGUUCAAGAGAGAGACGGAGCGAGACAGGAUCCCGCGCGGAAUACCGCUCCCGCAAUUUUUUCGAUUUGCGGGAGUUCCCGCGGGAUACCGCCCCCGCAAUACCGCGCUUUUUUCAAUUUGCGGGAGUUCC